AUGUUAAAUAUAAAUUAUUUUUUUAUUAAUUUAAGCCCCUCCCCUAUUAUAUAUACUAUUAUAUUAUUUUUUUUUUUAAAUUGUUUAAACAAUUUUUUUUGAAAAAUUCAAAACUAUUUAAUAGUAUUGAUUUUAAUUUUUUCUUUUUUUUUCUUUUUGUUUUACAAAAAUUUUUCAAUAAUAAGUAAUGAAAAUAAUUUAAUAGGUUUUUUUACAUGAAAAAAAAAAAAAAUUAUUUCUAACGGAUUUAUCAUAUUUAUUAUUUCGGAAAUAAUAGUAUUUAUCUCUUUAUUUUGAAGUUAUAUUCAUAACGCUUUUUCUCCUAAUAUUUUUAUAGGUAAUUUUUGACCUCCUAAAGGAAUUAUUCCUUCAAAUCCUACAAGUAUAAUUAUUUUUGGGACAUCUAUUUUAUUAAGAUCAAGUUUUAUUAUUAUAAUUAGACAUAAUUACAUAAUUGAAAAAAAUUAUAAAUUUAAAACAUUAUUAAAUUUUUUAUUUUGUUUAAUUAUAGGUUUAAUAUUUAUUGAUAUACAAAUUUUAGAAAUGAGAAAUUUUUAUAUAAAAUUAAAUUUUAAUUUCAAUGAUAGAAUUUUUAGAAGUUCUUUUAUUUUAACAACAUCUCUUCAUGCAAGUCAUGUAAUUUUAGGUUUAAUGGCUUUAUUUCAUUCUUUUAUUUUAUUACUAAAUAAUAAUAUAAACAUUUACAAUUAUUUAAGAUUUGAGUUUAGAAUUUGAUAUUGGCAUUUUGUUGAUUAUAUCUGAAUUGUAGUAUUUUCUUUAUUUUAUU